GUUGCGCUCCACCAAUCAGUGGGCGGGUCACGGAUACGUGGGGUGUGAGUGACGGUUCUCCCUGGUUUUACCGUGUCCUGCUAUCGGUUGCACCGUCAUGUCGGCCGUUCCGUGUUCGGCUGGCCAGGCGGCCUCGAGUUCCGGCCAGGUUCCCGGCAUGUCCAUGUUCCGUUGGCUAGAGGUGCUGGAGAAGGAGUUUGACAAGGCGUUUGUGGACGUGGACCUGCUACUGGGCGAGAUCGAUCCCGACCAGGCCGACAUCACUUACGAGGGUCGGCAGAAGAUGACCAGCUUGAGUUCGUGCUUUGCACAGUUGUGUCACAAGGCGCAGACUGUCAGCCAGAUCAACCACAAGCUGGAGGCACAGCUUGUGGAUCUGAAGUCGGAGCUGACUGAAACUCAGGCAGAAAAGGUUGUGCUAGAAAAGGAGGUUCACGAUCAGCUCCUGCAGCUUCACGCUGUACAGCUUCAGCUACAUGCCAAGACGGGCCAGAAUGUUGAUUCCGGGGCCAUUAAAGCCAAACUGUCUGUCCCUUCCUUGGGAAUUAUGGAAAAAGAACUUGAGGCCAACAAAAAAGAAAAAGUGAAGGAAGCACAGUUGGAGGCGGAAGUGAAAUUACUACGAAAGGAAAACGAAUCUCUCCGACGACACAUAGCAGUCCUUCAGGCGGAGGUGUAUGGUGCUCGACUCGCUGCAAAGUACUUGGAUAAAGAACUGGCUGGAAGGGUGCAGCAGAUUCAGUUGCUUGGACGGGAUAUGAAAGGACCUGCCCAUGACAAACUGUGGAACCAACUUGAGGCUGAAAUCCACCUUCAUCGCCACAAGACCGUUAUCAGAGCUUGUCGUGGACGCAAUGACCUAAAGCGUCCUUUGCCAACUCCUCCAGGGCAUGACCCAGACUGUUUAAAGAAAAGCCAAGGAGUGGGUCCAAUCAGAAAAGUAAUUCUGGUUAAAGAAGACCAUGAAGGACUUGGCAUAUCAAUCACGGGUGGGAAAGAGCAUGGAGUUCCUAUUCUAAUCUCAGAAAUCCAUCCAGCCCAACCAGCUGACCGUUGUGGAGGGUUGCAUGUUGGGGAUGCCAUCUUAGCAGUCAAUGGAAUCAACUUAAGAGAUGCCAAGCACAAAGAAGCUGUUACAAUUCUGUCUCAGCAGAGGGGAGAAAUUGAGUUUGAGGUUGUGUAUGUUGCUCCGGAGAUAGAUUCAGACGAUGAAAAUGUAGAAUAUGAAGAUGAAAGUGGCCAUCGUUAUCGCUUGUACCUUGAUGAAUUGGAGGAAGGAGGCCGUAGCCCUGGAGCUAGUAAGGAUGGAAGUGGUGAUGUCAAACCAUUGCCAGUGUUUGACCAAAAGCAACAUAUUGAUGGUCAUGAAAAUGGAGGCUUGGAACCAGCAAGUGAUUCACUGUCAGGGGGAACUGCGUCUAAACUAGCAUAUUCAUCCGAAUCCUUAUCCUAAAGUUUGGCUUUUGUAUUCUUGGCAGACGAGACCAAUAUUGACUCUAGUGGAACAAGACUAACUGACAUGAAGUCUAACUACGCUGCGUCCGAGGGAGGCUGCUGUUUGCUGCCUUAAAUUGGGUUUCCUCAGGGUUUCACUGAGCAAUUCAAAGUGUGAGAGAACAUGUGUCAUUUAUCCACUAUGAGCCAUACAUUUAAUGCGGUUGCAUGUUUUUGUUUUUUUUCUUUUGUAAGCACCAAAGCACGUGUUUUUCCUUUUUGUGUAACAGUUAAAUGUGUUUCCACGUUUUUAAUUAAUUUUAGGUUUUGGUGAAAACUGGACUGAUGUAAAAAAUUGUCUUACAGUAUGUAGACGUUGAAUGUGUUUUGUGUUGACAUUUAGAAAAGCCAGGUUAUUUUGUAUUUAAGUGCCAAUUCGGCCCAGCACAAUCAAGUCAUAACGGAGCAUCUGUUUAUAUGCAGUAAAUAACUUUUUUUUUUUUUCAUUUUAUAAUUAUUAAAAACAUGAUGCUCUAGGAAGCGCAAAAACAAUCCGUAUUUACAGUCACAUGUGGUGUAG